GCUAUGCAGAACCAAGCAAACAGACGAGGAAGAUAUCAUUUUGCUGAGCUUGGAACAGGAGGACUAAGAGUCAUCUGUCCACAAUGUCACGUUCCAUUCACACCUCAUCUCGGGCAUCUGAUUGCAGCUAGGCUUCCAUGUAAAAACUGUAAGGCUAAUUUAUCUUAUAGAAGCAGCACAGGAGGAACAGUGAAAUGUCCUUGUUGUAGUUCCUGGCGUCCUAUGCCUAGUCUUAAAUCUCUGGUCUGUGGUGGAUGUAAUGCAACAAUCAUAUAUCAAAAGGAUGAUCGAUCUGUUAAAUGUUAUCCCUGCAAACACAUCACACAUCCACAGGAAACAAAUGAUGGGGAUAGUUCAUUUUACCAGUUUGUUCCUCUUCAGGUUAACGGGGUUGGUCCUUUUGAAGUUAACCGGGUUGUUCCUCAAACUAACCCCCUUAUUCCCCAUCAAGUUAACCGCGUUUUUCAUCCUCAAACUAACCGGGUUAACCGGAGGAACCGUAAAGCUAAUGCAGAAACUGAAUCAACUGCAACUUCUCCUUUUACCGUGAGUUAUCUUUUGUUUCCCUUGCAAUGUACUAGCUAGGAUCUUUCUUUUUUUUUGAUAAGUACUAGCUAGGAUCUUGCUUUU